UCUGUGAUCUGUCCUGUGAGUUCUUAAAAUUCUAUCACAACAUGAAAGUCACUCGAAAUUUUUCUAUUAGUUUACAUUAAAGUGCAAAACAGCGACAAUAAUAAUUGUAAUCAUAUUACAAGACCUUUCAUCGUAAAUGUGUUAAAGGAAGAUUACUUUUUAAUAGACGUCGAAUUAUUGAUGUAAAGAAUGAUGUGGCCUUUAAUAUUACGGUUUUUACGAACAAAUGCGCCAUAUAUUACAUUGCCUGUCGCGGCUGUAGUUGGAGUUAUAGGUUAUAAUAUAGAAGGACUAUUAUCUGAUAAAUACACACCAUAUUCAAAACCAGUUCAAGAUCAAAGACUAGAUAGAUUAGAGGAUGAACUAUUGAAAGAUCCAACAAAUGUACAAAAAUUGAAAUAUAAAGCUAAUGUAUUAGAUAAAAAUGUAUCGCCUUCUUUACAAAAAGAUUAGUUGAUUUUAGGUUAUGUUAUAGCUAUUAGCUAGUUAAUUUCUGUUUUUGUUAAUAUAACAUUUUCUAUUUGAA